UGACGCGGCGGGACCCGUUGUCUGUGUGUGGGGCUGAGGGGCCCCGGGAGCGGCAGGGGCUCCCGGCGGUGGGCGGUGGGGGGUUGGGAGGGCCUGGACAUGGCGCUGAGGGGCUGCCCCGCGGGAAGAUGAAUAAGGGCUGGCUGGAACUGGAGAGCGACCCGGGCCUCUUCACCCUCCUGGUGGAAGAUUUCGGUGUCAAAGGAGUGCAGGUGGAGGAGAUCUAUGAUCUUCAGAGCAAAUGCCAAGGCCCUGUAUAUGGAUUCAUCUUCCUGUUCAAAUGGAUCGAAGAGCGCAGGUCUCGUCGCAAAGUCUCUACUUUGGUGGAUGAUACGUCCGUGAUUGAUGACGAUAUUGUGAAUAAUAUGUUCUUUGCCCACCAGUUGAUCCCCAACUCUUGUGCCACUCAUGCCUUGCUGAGCGUGCUCCUGAACUGCAGUAAUGUGGACCUGGGACCCACACUGAGUCGUAUGAAAGAUUUCACCAAAGGCUUCAGCCCUGAGAGCAAAGGAUAUGCAAUUGGCAAUGCUCCAGAAUUGGCCAAGGCACAUAAUAGCCAUGCUAGGCCAGAGCCACGUCAUCUUCCUGAGAAACAGAAUGGCCUUAGUGCAGUGCGGACCAUGGAGGCGUUCCACUUUGUCAGCUACGUGCCUAUCACAGGACGACUCUUUGAACUUGAUGGGCUCAAAGUCUACCCUAUUGACCAUGGGCCCUGGGGAGAGGAUGAAGAGUGGACAGACAAAGCUCGGCGGGUUAUCAUGGAGCGUAUUGGCCUUGCCACUGCAGGGGAGCCCUACCACGACAUCCGCUUCAACCUGAUGGCAGUGGUACCUGACCGCAGGAUCAAGUAUGAGGCCAGGCUACAUGUACUCAAAGUGAAUCGUCAGACAGUGCUUGAGGCUCUGCAGCAGUUGAUUAGAGUAACACAGCCAGAGCUUAUUCAGACCAGCAAAUCUCAAGAGUCACAGCUGCCUGAGGAAUCCAAACCAGCCAACAGCAAGUCCCCCCUUGUGCUGGAGGCAGGCAGAGCCCCAGUGGCCUCUGAGAGCACCCACACAGAUGGUGUGGAGGAGGUGGCUGGUUCAUGUCCACAGGCUCCAACCCACAGUCCUCCCAGCAAACCCAAGCUAGUGGUGAAGCCUCCAGGGAGCAGCCUCAAUGGAGUUCCCCCUACCCCCACCCCCAUUGUUCAGCGGCUGCCGGCUUUUCUAGACAAUCACAACUAUGCCAAGUCCCCCAUGCAGGAGGAGGAAGACCUGGCAGCUGGUGUGGGUCGCAGUCGAGUUCCAGUCCGCCCACCCCAGCAGUACUCAGAUGAUGAGGAUGACUAUGAGGAGGAGGAGGAGGAGGAUGUGCAGAACACCAGUUUUGCCAUCAGAUACAAGCGAAAGGGAACGGCAAAACCAGGGUCAUUGAAUAGUUCCACGGAUGGGCAACUGUCAGUGCUACAGCCCAACACCAUCAAUGUCUUGGCUGAGAAGCUCCAAGAGUCUCAGAAAGACCUCUCACUUCCUCUGUCUGUUAAGACUAGCAGUGGGGCUGGGAGUCCGGCAGUGGCGAUGCCCACACACUCACAGCCCUCACCCACCCCCAGUAAUGAGAGCACAGACACUGCCUCUGAGAUCGGCAGUGCUUUCAAUUCACCCCUGCGCUCACCUAUUCGCUCGGCCAACCCAACACGGCCCUCCAGUCCUGUCACCUCUCAUAUUUCCAAAGUGCUUUUUGGGGAGGACGACAGUCUGCUGCGUGUUGACUGCAUACGUUACAACCGUGCUGUCCGGGACCUGGGUUCUGUCAUCAGCACAGGCCUGCUGCACCUUGCUGAGGAUGGUGUGUUGAGUCCCCUGGCACUGACAGAAGGUGGAAAGGGUUCCUCACCCUCUAUCAGACUGGGCCAAGGCAACCAGGGGUCUAGUAGUCCAGAGGAGAAGGAGGUCGUGGAAGCCACAGAUAGCAGAGAGAAGACUGGGCUGGUCAGGCCCAACGAGUCCUUGAGUGGGGAAAAGUACUCACCCAAGCUGCCUCUGAGUAGUGAAGCUCUGGUGCCAGCCAGGCCCUUCAGCUGCAAUGCUGGGUUUCGGCAGGAGCUGCUGGCAUUGCUAAAGUGUGUGGAGGCUGAGAUUGCAAACUAUGAGGCUUGCCUCAAGGAGGAGGUGGAGAAGAGGAAGAAGUUCAAGAUUGAUGACCAGAGAAGAACCCACAACUACGAUGAGUUUAUUUGCACCUUCAUCUCCAUGCUGGCUCAGGAAGGCAUGCUGGCCAACCUGGUGGAGCAGAACAUCUCCGUGCGGCGACGCCAAGGGGUCAGCAUUGGCCGGCUUCACAAACAGCGCAAGCCUGAUAGGCGGAAACGUUCUCGUCCCUACAAGGCCAAGCGCCAAUGAGGGCUGCUGUCUCUGACUGUGCAGCCUGCUCUUGCCGUGAGGCCCUCACCAGGGCCCCUGCCUGCCCUACUCCCCUUUUCCCAGUAUUACUGAAUAUUUUUAUCCAGAGCCCAGACUCUGGGAGUGGAAGCCAGCUGCCAUGUUUCCACAUCACAUCUGGGGGCCUGGUGGGGACAAGUCAGCUUGAUAGUGCUUGGGAAGUAGCAGUUAGAGUUGGGCUACAGCGAGGUGCUGUGGCUUCCUCUACAGCCAGAAGUG